AAUAAAGCGCAGCGAGCUACGUCGUCCGCGUUGAAUGUAGCCGUGGAUGUUGCAUGGAAAUUCGUGUUAUCUCUUCCUUUCGAAAGGUGUGAUUUUGACCUCGUCUCGUGAGCAAAAAGUUUUCAUUCUUCCAUAUAUAUAUAUAUAUACAUCUACAUAUACGUAUACGUAUACGUAUACACACACAUAGACACAUAUAUAUCCUUUGCCUCUCUCUCUCUCUCUUUCAUAAAAAUCCAAUUCCUUCAUUUUCAACGUUCACAUUACAUCCCUUCUUAUAUUUCUCUUAUCUUUUUAUCUUUCGGUGUUUGGUGAAUUCGUCUUUUCAUCACAACAAGUGUGUCACAAAAGUGUAUGAAUAAAAACAGUGAUUCGUGUAUAGUCGUGUGCAUCGAGAAGAUAAAUCUCAUAUCCAUCUCAUCUUUGAUCUCUUCCUAUUUGUUUUUCUCCAUUGUGUCUCAUCACUUCGGCUUGAUAGUUUGAACGUUGUCUUUGAGAGAUACAAGAACUACGUCCCACGUCGUCGCUGACUUUUCUGGAUAUGACGAGGCAUGCGCCGUAAACAAUUCUGGGAUUGAUGUAUCACAGGGCGCAGAUCUCGAUUUACUUCGUACUGUGUACAGCGACGGUAAGCCUCGCGCUUUCCACGAAUCAAGAAAAAAACACUGCGGAGAACACACAGUGCCCUCCAGAAUGCAUCUGUCUAUCCCAGAAGGUGAUUUGCAAUACGGGAGGCCUGGAAGAUAUACCGACCCAACAUUUACCAGAAGGAGUAGAGGAAUUGUCUCUAACGAAAAAUAAUUUUCCUAUAAUAAAGACCGAUGCGUUCGCCGGUCUACGUGUUCUGAAAAAACUCUCAUUAGAUGGUAACAAUAUCUCGUCCAUAAGACCGUUUGCUUUUCGUGGUUUGAACAAAUUACGAGAGCUCUCGAUUCAGGACACACCUUUAUCCUAUAUAGAAAAAUUUUCUUUCGCCGCUCUUCAGAACGUUUCAGUUCUCUUAUUGGCGAAUAACAAGAUCCGUUACGUCGAGGGUUACGCGUUCGCUGGUACGUCAAAUAUUCGAGCUAUACUUUUAAGCAACAAUCCAUUAUUAAGCUUACAUAGUCAUGCUUUUACCGGCUUGACAAACGUAAUCAGACUUAUUCUACCAUCGGGUAUUCGUAACAUCGAACCAGAUGCUUUCGAUGGAUUACAUAUGGUCGGUCUAUUGAAACUCACAUUCAUGGAUCUUUCCAGUUUAAAAUCUUACACAUUUCGUGGUCUAAAUCAUGUAAACUCUUUAAACAUUCAAGAGAGCGACUUAGGCAUCAUACAAAAGGACGCUUUCACAGGUUUGACUUACGUUGAUCAUCUUAACAUUCUCAACAACAAGAUCGAUCUAAUUGAAAGAUUUCAUUUGAGAGACGAGAAUACUGUGAAUAUCCUUAGGUUUCACGGUAAUCACGUACUCGAAGCUCCUCGUCAUGCAAAGGACAUCGUUCUAGAAGUGAAUUCGAUCAGCGCGAUCGACAAUCACUUCCCUUGCGACUGCCAAGCUCAUAAUAUUCUCGAGAGCGACUUCGUUAACGGUAGUGCUAUUGAAUUUCAACGUAAAAAUUAUUGUAUAUCACCGAUCGAGUACAACAAUAAACCGAUGAAUCUAAUCGACUUCGAACUAAUCGCCAAUUGUUACGACAACGUCGUACAGGAUAAUCUUGGCUCGGGUGUAGUCAUCGCAAUGUCCUCGUCACCUAUGAUAUUGUUAUUCGUUAUUUUUCUUUUCAAAAACUUCCUUCUACCUUGAGAAGAAUUUUCUAUUGCUCGAGAGUAAUUUAUCGGUGAAUAAAUUUCAAUGAUUUUGGAUCGUUCUCGAAGGAAGAAAAUGAUCGAUUAAUUAAUCUCUCUUUAAUUUUACAAAAACCGAAACAUAAAUAUGAUUUUUCGAUCUUCUUAGUUUAUACCGAAUCUCCAAAAAAAAAAAAAGAAUACAAAAAUAUUAGAUAAUUUAAUAUCGUACUUUUAUUCUUAGAUCGCGUUCAUUCAUUAGUUCGAUUAAAAUAAAUUGUCCGAACGAACUAGAUAGGUUAUCUUACGUUAAUUUUCAAUUUAACGAUCAUAUUUCCUUCGCUAUUCGUUCUUCUAUAUAUAUAUAUAUGUAUUUUUUUUUUACGAGUUUCUCAGCAUUUUUCAAUAUCUCAAGUUAAAUUAUUAUGAGAUGAUGAUGGUGAUGACGAUGACGAUAAUGAUGAUGAUGAUUAUGAUGAUGAUGAUAAUAAUGAUGAGGAUGACGACGAUGAUGAUGAUUAUAAUGAUAAUGAACUUUCCAGUGAUUCGAAAACUCGUUAAUAUAAAACUUUACUCGAAACAUUGGAUCGUUUAAAUUGUUUAAAAAUAUUUUGAGAAUUAUUUAAAAAUUGUUUGAGAAUGAAAACAAUAUAAGAGAAUGAUCCAUCGUAAUCGAUUUCAUUCGCGUUCGUAAGUUAAACGCACGAUCGAUCUAUGUAGUUAGCUUGAUACUUUUAUACUGCUAGUACUUCUAAAUAUCAUGAAACGCCUAAUUGCACAGCAAAAAACACCAUUUCGACAAUUCUAAUCAUUCAAUUCGACGCUAUAAAUGAGAUACGAUGGUAUCGUUGUUAAAAUGUCGAUAGGAACAUAUCAAACGGCGAAAGAAAAAUAUUAAUUAGUAUUGACUUAUAUUGCGUCCAACUUGGACCUUGUUUCAUAUUCGUUUAAAAUUUGUUGAACAGUUUCGAGCAUCGAGAAAAAAAAAAGAAAAAGAAAAAAAGUCGUUCUAUGUUUUAAGUGAUAACGAAAAUAAGAAAGUACGAUAGAUUUAAUUAAUGUUAAAUGUUAGUUAAAUUUGUCAUCGUUAUGUUUACUGCUAAUGUUUACAUCAACAUAUGUAUAUGUUAUUAUAACCUCCAAUAUAUAUUUAUAUUUAUUAGCACUCAUAAAUCGAAGCCGUGUCUCCCGAAUCUAUUCUUUGCCUUUUCGGCUUAGAUCUUUUAUAUCUGCCUAAAUCUAUUAUACAUAUCAUAUGAUUAAUCAUAUUACGAGUAAAAUAUUCCUGAAAAUGCUUAGAUAUACUUAUAUUUUUUUAAUUCGUUAUCAUUACAUUUAUGUAUAUUUUUAAGGUUAAGAACGAAUAUCCCCGAAUGUUCUUUUAUUGUGUGACAAUUCUUCGUUGUUAUUUUAGAAAACGAUUUACGAUUUACUCUCAUGAUUGUCACGUGAUAAAUUAUAGCGUCUCUAACGAAAGUAUUCGAACGAUUCCGUGCCCGAAUUAUCUUCAAAUUGAUGAAUACAAUGUAUAAUAUAUAUAUAUAUAUAUACAUAUACAUACACAAACAUAUAUAUAUAUUGGAAAUUAUUACGUUGAAAUUAAUCCAAUAUUAGUGAUCAUAUUUCAAUAUUAUGUAGACCAAUUUCAAUAAAAAUCAACAACGCAUAUUUAAUUAACAUUCUGUUUCUUCAAACUAUGUAUAUGUAUUUACGUAUUGUAUGUAUUUACCUGUACAAUCUACAAAAUGUAUAUGUAUGAACAUAUAUACAUACGCUUCGUUCAGUCUCUUAGAUUAUCGUUCAUUGAAAUAUACUUUUAUCGAUAAAAAUAAUGUUUCGUUCUUAUAUUUAAUAUUGGAUUAAAACUUUUUAAAAGGAUUACAAAAAUAACUUAUAAAAUAACAAUAAUUACUUACUUUUCUG